AUCAAAAAGGCUCUGCAGAGUGAGCAGGCCAACACUGCUUACCUCUGCAGCCAGCGGCCAGCCGGCAACCCUUACCUGCUCCCUUCUCUUGCCCAGCUGGGCAAGUAAACAGCACUCUGCUUAGAGAAGCCUAGCUCUCCAGCGUGAUUGCGCCCACACUGCUCUGUGGCUUUCUCUACUUGGUGUGGGUUGCUGCUGAAGUUCCAAAGGCCAGCAGAGGGAUGGCUGCCAGCAGAGCCAGGAGACAGGAAGGCCGCCGGGAGCAUGCCUUCAUCCCAGAGCCUUUUGAUGGGGCCAAUGUAGCCCCCAGCCUCUGGUUGAACCGCUUUGAGGUCAUCAACGACCUCAACCAUUGGGACCACACCACCAAGCUCAGGUUCCUGAAAGAGUCGCUCCGGGGAGAUGCCCUAGAGGUCUACAAUGGACUCAGUCUCCAGGACCAGGGUGACUACGGGGCUGUGAGGGAGACCCUUCUGAAGGCCUUCGGGGGCCCCAGUGCCACUCACAGCCACCAACCCAAAGAGAUCCUGUUCGCCUACAGCAUGGGGAAGGGCUACUACCUCAAGGGGAUGAUUGGCCCGGUCCAGGUGAGGUUCCUGGUGGACUCCGGGGCCCAGGUCUCUGUGGUCCACCCGAAAUUGUGGGAGGAGGUCACCGACGGCGAUCUGGAUACCCUGCGGCCCUUUGAGAAUGUGGUGAAAGUGGCCAAUGGGGCUGAAAUGAAGAUCCUGGGCGUGUGGGACACGGUGAUCCGCCUGGGCAAGCUGAAGCUGAAGGCCGAGUUCCUGGUGGCCAACGCCAGCGCGGAGGAGGCCAUCAUCGGCACCGACGUGCUGCAGGACCACAACGCGGUGCUGGACUUCGAGCACCGCACCUGCACGCUCAAGGGCAAGAAGUUCCGCCUGCUGCCGGUCGGCGGGAACCUGGAGGAUGAGUUCGACCUGGAGCUCAUCGAGGAGGAGGAGGGGCCCUCCGUGGAGGGGCGGCAGCAGCACUCCCAUUAAAGCCCCCCAAGAUUGGCAGGGAGACUCACCACGGUGGGGGGCACACAUCCUCGGGGAGCCCCUGGGCCUGCCGGCCUCCCCUCUCUCGGCGGGGGCCUUGCUCUGCCCCUGGUGGGGGAGGCCUCAGGGAAAGAGCAGGGGAAGGAGAGCAGGCCGGCGUGUUCGGAGAGAGGGUCCCCACGGUGGCCGAGCUAUGGUUGGUAGCGAAGACGGGAAGGCUGAAGAAGCUUCCCAGGAGUUGGACGAAUCUGUCUUUGAGAGAGGACCGCGGGACCACUGCAUAUCCCCUAGGAUGUGGUUCUGUCACCUGCAAGUCCACGAAGCCUGCUCAGCUGGGCUGGGUCCUUGUCUGCAGGACCCUUCGGAGCCAGACCCAGCUUUCAGGCUGGGUGACAGUUGCCCUGAGACGCCUCCCUGGUGAGCCUUCCCACCUGCUCAAUGGUAUGUUUCCCUCUGUCAUUUGCUUCAAAACCUGUUGAUCCUUGUGCCAAUAAUUCAAUUACUUCAAAACCAAUAAAGAUCAGUUCAUG